AUGCCCCCCUCAAAGCUCGACAACACCCACAUCCUAAUCUUCGGCGGCUCCUCCGGCCUAGGCCACACCGCCGCCUCCCAGAUCCUCCUCACCUCCUCCCCCUCCAUCCUAACCCUCGUCUCCUCCAACCCAACCAAACUCGCCGCCGCAGCCUCCCGCCUCCCCCCCUCCUCCACAACAAUCCAGACCCCCACAAUAGACCUCUCCGACCUCCCCAACCUCCGCCAAAACCUCCUCGCCCUCCUCGACACCGCAACCUCCAACGGCCUCAACAAAAUAACUCACAUAAUCUACACCGCAGACGGCGCCGCCCCCCUCCCGUCCUUCCCCGAGACCCAGGUCGCAGACAUCACAGCCCAGCUCUCCAUGCGCACCUACGCCCCGCUCAUGCUCGCCUCCAUCCUGCGCUCCCACGCACACAUCGAAGCAAGCCCAGACACCUCCAUCACCUUCACAAACGGCUCCUCGUCCCACCGCCCCAUGCCCGGCUGGGCCGUCGCCGACGCCGCCGCCGGCGCGAUGGAGGGCAUGGUCCGCGGCCUGGCCGUCGACUUCGCGCCCGUGCGUGUGAACCUCGUGUCCUCCGGGCCGGUGAGCACCGAGAUAUUCCAGACGCUGCCGGAGGAGACGGUGGAGCUGUUCCGGAGUAAGUGUCUCACGGGGCGGAUCGGGAGGCCUGAGGAUGUGGCGGAGGCGUAUUCGUAUCUGAUGAAGGAUGGGAAUGUGACGGGUACGACGUUGUUCACGGAGGGAGGGAGGAUUCUAGCCCCUUGA